UUUUUUGUUGCAGUUUGGCCGGGGCUGGGUCCGAACCCGCCACCCUCGGCAUAUGGGGCCGGCACCCUACUCACUGAGCCACAGGCGCUGCCCGGAAACGGCAUUCUUAAAGACCAAAAAUUGGGAUGGGGCAGUAUUCACACGUUUUAUAAUUCAGAAAUACAAACAAUUAUGGUGACUUUACAAAUGCAUUGUUGUAAGGUAUUGGAGAAGAGUUGUAAGGUGGAAAAAGAAUUAUGAACUCUGUGGAUGAUGGGUUUUAAUUUUAUAUUAAAUAUAACAAUUCUAUGACAUUCAAGUUGAUAUGGAUUUUAGCUGCUCUUAACACAUAAGUUACUAGAUUAUAAAAGUCAUAAAAAUUAGAUAAGCUAUCUUGGUAUGUUUUCUCUUCACUUCUCUGACAGGGAGUUGAAGGAAGAGGACAAGUGUCUCAUCGAUGGUGUCCAGGAAAAUAUGGCAACACAAGCAUUCGCUAUUAUAGUAACCAACUUGCUAGGUUAUUAUUUUAUUUUAGAUUUUUUUGAGACAGUCUCUCUGUGUCACUCCAAGUAGAGUACAGUAGCAUCAUCAUAGCUGAGAGCAACCUCAAAGUCUUGGGCUCAAGAGAGCCUCCUGCCUCAGCCUCUCAAAUAGCUGGGACUACAGGCACCUGCCAUAAAUGCCUGGCUAAUUUUUCUAUUUUUAGUAGAGGCCAAGUCUUGCUCUUGCUCAGGCUGGUCUCGAACUCUUAAGUUCAGAUAUUCUUCCUGCUUUGGCCUCCCAGAGUGCUAGGAUUAUAGGCAUAAGCCACCAUGCCUGGCUGAUUGCUAGGUCAUUGUUUGACUUACUGAGUUAAGGAGGAACUAAGGUGUCACUUCUUUUCAUCACUCACAAGCUGUAACUUCUAUACAGAGGGUAUGCAGCCACUGAAAUGAGAAGCUACUUAGCUAUUACCCAGUAGUGAACUUUACUUACUCCAUAUGAUACUGACAGCAUAAAGAGGAAUGUCAAGUAAUCUAUUAUUUAAAUAUCACAAUAACAAUCUUCUUUGAAGGAACUCAGGAAUGUACUAACUAAUGAGACUAUGACACAAAUUAAAAGAACAAACAUGGCUGGUGUGGUGGCUCACGCCUGUAAUCCUAGCACUCUGGGAAGCCCAGGAAGGUGGAUAGCCUGAGCUCAGGAGUUCAAGACCAGCCUGAGCAAGAGUGAGACCCUGUUUCUACUAAAAAUAGAAAAAAAUAGCCAGUCGUGGCUACUGCCUGUAAUGCCAGCUACUCAGGAGGCUGAGGCAAGAGGAUUGGUUGAAGCCGAGAAAUUGAGGUUGUUGUGAGCUGUGAUGCCUUGGCACUCUACCCAGGGCACAGAGUGAUAUUUUCUCUAAAGAUAAAUACAUAAAUAAAAGAGCAAAUAUGUCUUUCUAAGGAGCAUGUGUUCUUCCCUGAAGCAUGGUGGUAGUGAGAUUUAACAGGGAUCAUCUUUGUAAUCCACUUCACUUUAGAGGCCAGAAAAAUCACUCUGUGUUAUAGAAAGCCAACCUUCUGGUCCCCAACUCUUCCCCCAUCCCAAACUUGAGAAGUCAUAUGGGAACAUAGUAAGGAGGCUGAGCUCUCUGAAGGCAGUUCCUGGCUGUUACUGUUGGCCAGAGAGAGGCAGAUACAGUCAUUUCCCUGUGGGCUAGAGUGUGCAGAAAGAGAAGAUUCACUCAGGCUUGAUGGGUGCUAGAGGAUCCAGAGCUUAACAUUAGAACUUCUGUUCCUUAGAAUUUCUUCAAAUAAAAAGGCAAAGCUAUUUUUUUAUAAACUUUUUUGCUAUAUUCAUGUAUUAUGAACUUGGAACUUUUAUAGAUGUUAUCAUCAAAAGUGUUUAGUUCUGGCUUGGUGCCUGUAGCUCAAGUGGCUAAGGCUCUAGCCACAUACACCAGAGCUGGCAGGUUCGAAUCUAGCCCGGGCCCGCCAAACAUCAAUGACAACUACAACCAAAAAAUAGUCGGGUGUUGUGGCGGCACCUGUAAUCCCAGCUACUUGGGAGGCCGAGGCAAGAGAAUUGCUUAAGCCCAGGAGUUGGAGGUUGCUGUGAGCUGUGAUGCCACAGCACUCUACCCGGGGUGACAGCUUGAGGCUCUGUCUCAAAAAAGUUCUAUGCUUCAGUUUUUUAUGUGAAUUUUUUUAACUCGAAAAACUUAAAACAUUCAAAGUUAGAGUGAAUAAUACAUUGAACUCUAUUAUACUGAUCACUCAGAUUAUAACCUUGAUUCAAAUACAACGAUUAUUAAGGUUUUACCCCAUUUGCUUCAUAUAAUGCCAUUUCCUUUUACUUUGCUAAAGUAUUACUAUUUGAAAGCAAAUUCAGAUAGCAUAUUAUUUCACUUUUAUAACUUUCUCUAAGUAUCUCUAAAAAGUAAGGUCAUUUUCUAGUAUAAACCACAAUGCCAUUGUCAUACCUAACAAAAUAAAUAAUUAUUUUUUACCACGUAUUAAUACUCAGGCAGAAUCAAAUUGCCCUGAAGGUCAAGAAUGUCUUUGGACAAUAGUAUGGUUCUAAUCAGGACUCAUAUGAACUCUACUCAUUACCUCUGGUUGUUGUGUCUCUUUAAUCUUUCUGAAUUUAGAGCAAGCUCUCCACCCUUUCCCGCCUUUCUCCAUGUAAUUGAUAUAUUGUCAAAACUGAGUCAGUUGUGCUGAAGAGUAUUUUACCUUCUGGAUUUAUUUGCUCCCUGUGUUGUUACUUAGCUUGUUUCCUGGUACCCCGAAUGGAACCCCUUUCCCUGUUUUGAAUGUGAGUUUGGGAUGCUAAAUUUGAUGGCUGUGUUAACAUAUACCAUAGUGGAGAAAGCAAGAUAUGGCUCAUAAUUACGGUGGUGAAGACCUGAAAAUACAGUUACUAAUUAUCAUCUACAUGAGGGUUUGACAUAAGAUUCAUGUUAAGGGUGUUGCAUCUGCUGGAAGUUACAAACUUUACUAUAGAGAAUCAAAGAUCCUGUAUCAGAAGUCAGUGGAAAUACUCAUUGUGGAAAUUUCUGACGGAAUGAAUCCCUAGACUUGCUACAUAACUCACAUUUCAACUUAAAAGACACAUUGUCAACGUUGGAGGCCCCAAAGUUUCUGUCUGUUCCAAGUCUUUGCGUGAUGACAGUGUUUCUUUAAUGUGGUAAGCUUUGGUUUCCCUCCAUUUUCAUUUUAAAUGAUCAUUGGAAUAGAGAGGAGUUAAAUAGACAUAACCUAUGACCUAUGAUCCCUUGCUUGACCUUCAUAGAUAGAAAACCAGGGUCAGCAUGUUUGACAGUAUCCUUCUCUAAAAUGAAGUUAAUGAAAGUUCUAAAAAUAGGCUCAGUGCCCGUAUCUCAGUGGUUAUGGUGCCGGCCACAUAGACCAGGGCUGGUGGGUUCAAACCCAGCCUGGACCUGCUAAACAACAAUGACAACAACAAAAUAAUAGCUGGGCCUUGUGGUUGGCACCUGUAAUCCCAGCUAUGUGGGAGGCUGAGGCAAGAGAAUCAUUUAAGGUUGCUGUGAGCUGUGAAGCUAUGGCACUCUACCGAGAGUGACACAGUGAGACUCUGUCUCAAUAAAAAUAAAAGAAAGAAAAUUCUGAAAAUAAUGGCUGCUUUCUGACAUUGAUAAGUUUAGGAAAUCUUUGUAUAAAUAGAAUAAGCUUGGUUCUCUACAUUGUGUUUUGUACUUUUAUUUUGUGUUGUAUAUUGUAUUUGGACACAAUACAAGCCUGACCUCCAUCAGUGUACUGAGCUGAUGGACUACUAGUGUUAGUAUGGAGCAGUCUGUGUACUUUCUAAUCUGUUGUGUAAAUAUAUACUAGUUGAACUUUAUAACUUUCAGAUUUGUGAAGUUUUCUGUGAAACAUCAAGAGCUACAAGAGGGUUUGGCUAUAAUAAGUGAGUUUUGUGUUUCAGUGGUAGUUACUUGGACCCUGUCCAGAAGGCUGAAGAGUCACCCAGCAGCCAGGCCUCUGACUGCUGACUUUCCCUGGCUGUAUGUGGCUGAGGUCGUGCUGCCCAUGCUGGGCAGAGUAUGUGUUGCUGCUAAAAAGGCAGAAAAGGUGGCCUUUUAGCUUCUCUUCCUAGGAUCCCUGUCCUGCCCAUCUGUCUACAAGAAGAUCUACAAGACAAUAGAAAUGAUUUCAGUAGGCCCUAGGUAAGCUUGCUACUACCGCUAAUUUCCUACUGUUCUCUAUUCUCUCAGCUGGAGUUUCAUUCCCAGAUUGAAUGUCUUCGUCAGUGACUCUGGAAACAGCAUGUCGCUGUGGCUGGCUGUGCUGAUGUAGUAUGCUAUAUGCUGAGAACAACUGGGCCCUUCUCUGCUGCUUUCCUCACCCCUCUAAGCACUGGGAAGUAAUUCUUUACAUCUUUUAAUCUCCUCUCUGUUUUUCCUGGAAGGUAUGCUUUGGUGCUUAAAGAGGGAGUGCACAUUGCUGACAAUUAAGAGCUUAAAUAAAUAAUAAAUAGAGAAGGCACAGAAGCAUACCGUUAACGAUUCCUGGAGAUGAAAUGCCCUAUGCCCAGCUAUUUGAGUGAGCAAAGGAUUCCUGAUGGCACCGAUCUGUAUAUUCAUAUCACACAGGCUUGCUGAGGGCCUUCUGUGCCUCAGGGGAUUAGGCGCAUUGACAUGUUGGGACAGCUGGAAACAAAGAGAGAACUGAUUCAGGCUGUCUGGGAGCAGCUGCCCUAGGAGGCCACCAUGGAUGGAUCUUGGGCAGGAGCCCCAGAGGCAUCAGGGAGCUUAUGACCAAAGGGAGGAGUCAGUUGUAGGAGGAGCUGAUCAUGAGGGAGAGGAUGUAGAGGGAGAGGAUGGAGAUGAAGUUUCAAUCUAGGGGACAUUAGUCAGAGUAGUUUUUAAAGUUUGCUGUUAAUGAUUUUAUUUUUCUUUUUUUUUGAGACAGUCUCACUUUUAUGCUCUCUGUAGAGUGCUAUAAUGUCAUAGCUUACGGCAACCUCAAACUCUGGGGCUCAAGCGAUCCCCUUGCCUCAGCCUCCCAAGCAACUGGGACUGCAGGCGUCCGGCUAUUUUUAGAGAGGGGAUCUCACUCUUGCUCAGGCUGGCCUCAAACUCCUGAGCUCAAGUGAUCCACCUGCCUUGGCCUCCUAGAGUAUUAGGAUUACAGUUAUGAGCCACUGUGCCGGGCCCUAAUGAUUUUAAAUAGAGACAAUGUAUAAAUAUUUUCCAGUUCAGUAUAUUGUUUGCCAACGAGAAUGUUCUCCUACCAGGAAUGGUCAGAAUACACUUGUUUUAUAAUACUAGGGACAACAGAAGUGGUGGGGUGGUUACCUCCCUUGCUUACGCUCAAGAACUUAGGUUUUUAUGAAUUUGACCAACUUAGCUAGAUGUAACAUGCCGCUACCCAGACCCCUCUUUUUUGAUUUGCCUUAAAAGGCAAAGAAAGAGAAGGGGGAAAAUAUAUUAAUUCCAAGAAUUAAACAGAACAAAAAUCUCUAUUGCUCUUAUUACUUAAAACAUCUCUACCCCACAGGCCCACCACUUCCCUUCUGCAGUUAGCCACCAGAGCAUGUGUUACCUGCUCUGCUUCUCCUAUUUUGUUCUAGCCCCAGACCCAUUAAAGUCUUUCCAUUAAAGUCUUUCCUUAUCCUUCAAAGUGUUUUCAGUGCUGUGCCCUGGACAUGCUGUCUCACUCUAGAAUCCCAGAGAACUUUGCUUUCCUCCCUUAUAUGACAGUUGACUUUUUCUAACAGGUUAAGAAGGGCCUUUGUUAUCAGAGGUAGGUACUUCUUGAAGGAGGGAGGGUCUAAUGACUGCCACUCUAAUGACUCCUAGCUUUAGCCCAGAGCCUCAUGGUUGCUGGAUGCUCAUAACCAUUUUGCUAAACGGAGGCAUUGCCAGUCUUCUUGGGAAGAGAGGACCUGCUGACAGACCUGCUGGGGAGCUCACUUCUUCAGGGGCCUGUAGGCCAGUGACACCCUGGAAUGCCCGAGAGUGACUUCAUAAAGCAAGGAUUCCCUUCACAGUGCUUCUCUGCUGCCUCUUGGAAUCCAGACGUCAAGGAAGUCCUUAGGCAGAGGUUUUCUGUUGGGUGAUAAAAGGAAGGAAUAAACAUUGAAAAUUUGGGAAAUGUCUCAAUCUUUUAACUGGAACUACUCAAAAGCCGUUUCUAGUUCACAGUCUGAUACUGCACCGGUGAAUUUCUGGACAAGAUUCAGGAAAUUUAAGAGAAAAGAUACUCAGUGUCGGGCAUUUGUGAAGAAAAUCAUAAUGGGUCAGCCUUAUAAGAUACUUUUGAUUAGCACCAUCUCAUAUAAUGCCUUUCUUAUGGCCUUGUGGACCAAUCAUAAGAUAAGUAGCCGCCUAUUCAGAGUUUUUGAGUUAUCGGAGAUCACCUUUAUAAGCAUCUACAGUGCUGAGUUUUACAUGAAACUCUAUGUAGACCCCAUUGACUACUGGAAGGAUGGCUACAACUUGUUGGACGUGAUCAUUAUUAUCAUUCUGACCAUCCCCUAUACAAUCCGCAAAAUCGAGGGCCCACACCACUCCUACCUGCACUUUGCUGACGGCAUACAGUCCCUGCGCAUCCUCAAGCUUAUCACCUAUAGCCGGGGCAUCCGGACACUCAUCACUGCCGUGGGGCAGACAGUCUACACUGUGGCCUCCGUGCUCACCCUACUCUUCAUCCUGAUGUACAUCUUCGCUGUUUUGGGCUUCUGCCUCUUUGGAGUUCCAGACAACGGUGACCAGACAAACUGGGGGAAUCUGGCUGUAGCUUUCUUCACCCUCUUCAGUUUAGCCACGGUUGAUGGCUGGACAGACCUGCAGGAGCAGUUGGACAACCGGAAUUUUGCUAUGAGCCGGGCAUUCACCAUCUUCUUCAUCUUGCUUGCCUCUUUCAUCUUCCUUAGCAUGUUUGUGGGCGUGAUGAUCAUACACACUGAGGACUCCAUUAAGAAGUUUGAGCGAGAGCUGAUGUUGGAGAGGCAUGUGACACUCAUGGAAGAGAAGCAGGUGAUUCUGAAGCGACAGCAGGAGGAGGUCAGCAGGCUGAUGCAGACACAGAAAGAUUCUGACCACAAAAGUUUCAGUGAGCUGGUGGAGAACUUUAAGAGUACCCUGCUGCACACCGACCCCAUGGUCUUGGAUGAUUUUGGCACUAGCCUACCCUUCAUUGAUGUCUACUUCUCCACUCUGGACAACCAGGAUGCUACUAUCUGCAAGCUUCAAGAGCUAUACUAUGAGAUUGUGCACGUGCUGGGCCUGAUGCUGGAAGACUUUCCCCAGAAGAAGCAAGAAGAGUCCUUGGAAGAAAAUGACGAUGAAAAUUAGCUAGGCAUGUGGGCCCUCAUGCACCAAGGGCUUUGCAGACUGUGACCGGCCCCCAUUAAACACAGGCUUUCUGAGUUGGCCUCUCUAGAGUUGCUGUGAUUAUGGUGUUUCUCCACCUUUAGGGAGUGGGCCUGGGUUGGUGCUCAUGAAGUUUGAUUCCCUAGAAUGUCCUAAUCCCCCAGAACCCAGUGGACCUAGCGAGUAGGGAGAGGGAGGCUCAAUGACCUGCUCCGGACAGAGGCCACAUGCAGGGGUCACACUGGAUCUAGUCUCCCUGUACUUAGCAACAAAGGUCUCGGGGAGCUUCCUGAGGACUUCAGACCAAGAAGGACCCCCAGGAGCUCCACGAAAGUAUGUGGGCUUUUUGAGCUGGUGUGGCCCCGUUGAUCUGGCAGCUCUAGUUCAGGGCUGGGGCAAGGCAGAUCUUGCUUAACUGCUCACACUGAGUGUGCCAGCACAGGUCAGGGGACAUUAAAGCAUACCCAGCUGCUCUAGCAGGAGUGCUGGGAAUUGCCCUAGGCAUCUGGGAGUGAACAACAAAUUUGCCUCACAGGGGUGCCAUGGUUUUGGAGUCAGAAGACCCAAGUUUCUUAAUAAGGUGACCUUGGACAAGUUGUCCGGUCUUUUGAGCCUCAGCUCUUUCCUCUGAGAAAUGGGAUGAUAAAACUGCUGAGUUACAAGGAUCAAAUAAAAUCUAUGUGAAGGUGUGAGAAAAGAGGCAGUCAGCUCAUGGUUUGUGUUUCCCAGUUGUCAGCUGUCUACCUCUGUUGAGGGCCACCUGCAGUGGGCUGUGCUGGUCAAGGGCUGAGAAGAACUGGGUCAGAGUCAAUGUGGUGGGAGCAAAGUAUGGAGCUAACAUCAGGACACAGAGGUUAGGAGCCUACAGAGGAGAGUGUGACUGGGUCUUCAGGUGGACCUGGAUCAGAAUGGGCAAGGGGCAUCUCGGACCCAGACAGGCUAGGGCCCAGGCCCAGCAAGGCAGCCCUGGACACAGGCCACAGGGUGUGGUGUGGGAGGGCAGGCCCCCUUUAAAGGCACAAGAAGAAGGCUUUCUGAGCAGAGAGCUGGGAGGAGGUGACGUGCACAGGACUGGCUCAGCACUGCUGGCAGAACAAGCUGAUGGAUACUUGGCCCAGAGUCCUAGAGCAGCAUUUCUGUCUGGCUCUAUUUGCCUGCAGAGCAAACAUUGGCAGAUUGGAAUUCCCACUUGGGCUCUCACCAACUCAAACAGGCUUGGCUAAGACCUUCAGUUGACUUGUUUGGGGCAGAAGUGGCUCCACUUGCCUAUGCCUGGCUAUGGAAAGCAGGACCCUCCUUAACCCUCCUCAACCCUGGGAUCCAGCAGGGCUAUCCCUGAAUGGCUUCUUCAUCCCCAGCUUGUCAGCCAGGUGGGACGCAGGGGACCUGGGCCCAGGGCUUCUCUUGGUCAUGCGCAGGCCCUCCCCCAGCUCUUAUGGGAAGGAUCUCGAAUUCCAGGCUGGAGUUGUUGUACAUUCUUUUUUGUUUCUUUAACUGCCUGUUGAUUCCACGAGUAGGAAGCAGUCCCAAUACUGUGGAGAUCCAGGGACUGAUUUGAGAAUAUACGUUCUCCUGUUUAUUCCAGCAGCCCCUAGAAAUCUGACACUGAGGCGCAGGGAAACAUGCACCUUGAUAUUGUCUUCAAAUGCGGCGAGUCAGAACACCUCAUAAAGCAAAUGGGCCUUCAGCGGGUCAGGUUUUGGUCUCGGUGUCUUCAUCUGUUUCAUUCCAUGGUCCUACAGGCUCCUGAGAGAAAAGCUGGGUCUGAAUUCCUAACUAGGCUACUCAGAAAGGAGGGGCGCUUGUUAUGAGCCUGGUCCUAAGAGCUGGAUAGCGCAGGAAGGUGGGAAAUGUGAUGGUGCCAGAUUUAUCAACACAGGUGCACCCUCAUUCUUCCCCAUGCUCUGCUGCAGAGAAUUUAAUCUGUGUUCGGUCAGCCAUGUGCUGCUCCUCCCCGAGCUGUGUCUUUGAUUUUAUUUUAGGGUUUGUGUGGUGUGGCACCGGGAAAAUGGUGGUAAACCAGGACUGGAGAGCUGGAAGGAGAGAGGAGUUUUCCUGCUUUCUCGGCCAGCUCCUGGGUCCUUCUCUGUGGUGGAGAGUCAGGGUAAUGGGCAAAACAGAGAGGACAUUAGAAGACCAGCAAGGCUGGGUGAAUCCACACCGCAAAGAGCCUGAGCAAGGGAGGGAAGAAGGAAGUAAAAGCUGGGCAGUGGUCCUGACAGCUGGCAUGUCAGCUCUGGGGAGGUUGGAGGGUUUAGAAUGGGAUCUCCAUUGAUGUUCUCUGGGAGAGGCAAAUAAUGAUUGGACUUAUCUUAAAAUUACUCUUGGUUGCUGUACUGUACCUUUAAAAAAUAAAACCCAUGAAUAGAGUCCAUGGAGUCUGGGCUAUGUGCAGGUAUUACUGACACCUUUUGAACUCAAACUGGGAAAGAGGGCUUCCCAUGGACUCAGCUCCUAGCUAGGAUCAAAUGCCUCUAUGUGAAGUAUACGAGGGGCUGGUUGCACGAGGCAUGACUGGCUGCUUGCAAAAUGAAACUGAAGUCUCUAAAGUGAAGUGUAGAAGAAGCCAGAGGGGGAAGCGGAUAUUGACCACCACCUGUGUGAACUGGUGAUGGGACAGUGGUGUUCUCAUAGCAGAGGCACCCCACUGUCCCCUGAUUCCUUCCUUAGUGCUUGGAUCAUGGCCUGAGAUAAAAGAGUCUUCAAAACUCUGGGCCAGAGAAGGAGGGAUCCAGACAGAUCCAGGGUUUCUCUUUGACUGUGGAUAUAUUGCCUUCUGUUUUGCCAGAAUUUCUCUUUAUAAGAUACUUUCAUAUGUAUAAUUUCGAUCACAAAACAACACAUAUAUUUUCAUUAUUCUUAUUAAAUAGGUGGCAAAAUUGAGGUUCAAAGAGGUGAUGUGACUUAUAUAAGGUUGUAUAACUAAGGAAAAUGAAUUAGAAUUCACAAACAAGUGUGUCUG